GCUGUUAUGCUGAGACUUCGGCUUUUGACCUGGGAUGUCACGAACACCCUGCUUCGGCUCCGGGUCCCCGUGGGGCAGAGUUAUUCCGCCGAGGCCCAGGCCUUUGGCCUCCAGGUCCCUGCUGAGGUGCUCAACCACUCCUUUUCCCAAGCUCAUACAUCCCAGAGCCAGCGUUUCCCCAACUAUGGCUGGGGCCAGGGCCUCAGCUCCAAGCAGUGGUGGCUUGGGGUUGUCUUCGAGACCUUCCAGCUUGCCGGAAUUCAUGACAGUGGUGUUCUCUGGCCCAUUGCUGAAAAACUCUACCGGGAUUAUAGCAGCCCAAAGAACUGGGAACUAAUCCCAGGUGCCAUUGAGAUACUCCAGUGGUGCCAGCAACUGGGUAUCCGCAUGGCAGUGGUCUCCAACUCUGACUGGAGGGUACAAGAGAUUCUGAGCCGGUGCAACCUCCGACAAUAUUUUCAGUUUGUCUUAACCUCGGAAGAAGUGGGGUUUGCCAAGCCAGACCGGAGGAUUUUUCUGGAAGCCCUCCACAGUGCCAAGGUGGAGCCCCAGCUGGCUGCUCACGUAGGGGACCAUUAUGUGAAUGACUAUUUGGCUGCGAGGAAGACUGGACUGCACAGCUUCCUGUUUAAAAUGGCUGGGGAGCCAAUUGAGAGCGACAUGGAGGUACCAGAAAACCAUCUUCUGUCUUCACUUUUAGAUCUGCAGGCUCGGAUAGAGAAAGGCUAAAAGUGGCUGGAUUUCAGCAGCUGUUUCUAGGAGAGGAAAUUUUAACAAAUCUUAACAUUAACUGCUC